AUGGGUUCUGUAAUCCAGCCAAAUAAGACAGCUCUAAUUACCGGUGCUGCAUCAGGAGUAGGUUUCGCAAUUGCGAAACUCUGCCGCAGCAAAGGGAUGCACCUCGCCCUGUUGGACAUCGAUCAGACCAACUUGGUCAAAGCAAAGAGUGUCUUGCACGACCUCAACCCAAGUCUCCUGACGGAGGCAUAUGUGAUUGAUGUCGCCGACAUUGAGAUCUGGAAAGCGACGGCCAAACAAAUUGCUACGUUCUUCCCAUCCAUCGACCUGGUGGUGCUGAACGCAGGCAAAGGAUAUAAGCCCCAGGGACAGGAUUCCGGUCGCAUGAAUCCCUGGUUGGAUGGUGAUUAUUGGUCAAAAACAUUCGACACCAACGUCCGCGGCCCACUCAACGGACUCGAAGCUCUUCUGCCCAUCCUGCGCGCUCCCGAAUCACCAUCCCCCAAGUCAAUUGUCAUCACAGGGUCAAAGCAAGGCAUCACCAACCCGCCUGGCGGAGGAAACCCAGCCUACAACGCCUCCAAAGCAGCAAUCAAGAGCUUGACCGAACAUCUCGCCCACGAUCUACGCUCUGAUCCAGCCACCGCCCAUAUUUCAGCCCACUUGUUGAUUCCCGGAUGGACAUGGACGGGAUUAAUGGGUAACGUCGGCCCGACCAACGAGGCAGAAGUCCAGAAGCCGUCCGGGGCAUGGUACCCUAGUCAAGUGGCAGAUGAACUGCUGAAGGGACUGGAGUUAAAUUCAUUCUACAUUGUCUGUCCGGAUGACGAGACUACUUGGGCGCUGGAUCAGGCACGUAUGAAAUGGGGAAGCGAUGAUGUGAUUGAAGGGCGACCAGCACUUUCUCGUUGGGAUGAGAAGUGGAAGAGUCGUGCUGAAGAGACUAUUCAGGCGGAUGCUAAGGCCCGAAGUGCCUAG